CUUGGCUGCUCGUGUGUUGUUUCGGUAUGUUGGAGAGGCAGUCAGUGUUACCGCAACUGUGAGGACCUUUGGACGCUUCUGGAUUCGACGAUGACAUACGAGAGCAAAAUAUGUGGAAUUCUUACAAGGCUGGCUUAGAAUACGCUUAAAGGAGAUACAGAUAGAGAUAAAUUAUGAACGAGAGUGAAACGAUAAAAGAGAGAGUGACGAGCGAGGCCUCUCGAGUAAAGACAAGUGGCAGUGACGUGGGUGUGAUGUCAGGAGAAGGUACAGCGCCUCACCACGAGAAGGACAACUCAGCGGCGCAUCUACACGACCAGAUUCUCCCGACUGACCACAAUGCAAAGGCCGGACAGACCAACCAGCAAGGACGGGGAGGUCAGCCUGCGAGUGAGGACAGAACAGGUCAAACCGCGACGAUAGAUAAUGGCGUCAGACCUCCUGGGUCACCGGACUCCGCCAAGGUACCCACGGGUAUCGGCAGCGUGGAGAACGAGGCACUGGUGGCCAUGAACAUUAGGCCUCGGUACUCGAAAUUCUUGGAGACGACCGGGAAGAAGGUGCUUGUACGAAACUGUAGCAUGGAGGAAGUGGUACAAAAGAUUCAAGAAGGAUGUACACUGUGGAAAGUCCGCGGCAUAAACAAGUGGUUCCAGCGGCACUACAAGGUGGACAUCGAUAACAUGUGCCUUGUCGGGGAGUCCAAGAAAUGGUGGUCUCCAGGUGGUGGUGUUGGCAGCGAAGGAGCAGAAAACGCAGUGCCACUUGUAGAAAUCACAGAAAUUAGGGAAGGAUGGAAGACAGACACCUUCAAUAAAGUAAGCUCUCACACAGAGAAGCUGAAGGAGAAGGGUGGAGGUGCAGGUGAUGAGCCUGUCCUGGAAGAGAACAAGUGCUUCUCCAUCAUCCACGGCCAGGGAGGCAGAGACGUGUUGGACUUGGUGGCAUCAACGGAAGAAGAGAGGGAUGCCUGGGUGACUGGGCUGUCGCACCUCGUUCAGUCGGUCAAAGCGUUACACGAAGAGAAGCAGUAUGACGUAUGGCUAAGGAAGCAGUUUGAGGAGGCUGAUAAAGACAAUAAUGGGUCACUUAAUUUUAGUGAAUGCUGUGCUCUCUUGAAGCAGCUAAAUAUUAAAAUGGACAAGAUUCAUGCCAAGAAACUUUUCAAUCAAGCAAACACCAGCAAGCAGAAGAGAGAUGGAGAACAAGUAUUAGAGGUAGAGGAAUUUGUGGCCUUCUAUCAUGCUCUCCUGAAAAUGCCAGAGGUUGAAAAACUAUAUAAGAAGUAUUGUAGUGAGAAGACAGGGUUAAUGAGUGCAGACCAACUAUGUGCCUUCCUUCACAAAGAGCAGGGGCUUACGGACUAUGAUCAUAGUCAAGCUACCAAGCUUAUGAACGAAUUUGAAAUUAGUAACCUUAAGGACCAAGGCUACAUGACUCAGGAUGGUUUCUAUCACUUACUGCUUUCGGACAUGAUCGAUGUGUUCAACUGCAACCACCAGAAUGAAAUUCAUCAGGACAUGACUCAGCCAUUGUCACAUUAUUUCAUUGACUCAUCACACAAUACGUACCUGACAGGGCAUCAGCUUGCUGGAGAGAGCAGUGUUGAAGGGUACAUCAGUGCACUGAAACGAGGCUGUAGGCUGCUUGAGUUGGACCUCUGGGAUGGAGAUGAUGGAGAACCAAUUAUCUACCACGGCCACACUCUGACCUCAAAGAUCACCUUAGCUGAUGUUCUCAGAGACGGCAUCAAAUUGUAUGCGUUUGAGGCAUCACCCUACCCCGUCAUCCUCUCAAUAGAGAACCAUCUCAGUCUGGAUCAGCAGAGGACAAUGGUGAAGCUUAUGAAGGAUAUUCUAGGAGAUAUGCUGGCAACUGAUCCAGUCCCAGAUGACAUUACUGUUAUACCCUCACCAGAAGCUCUCAAGAACAAAAUUAUCAUCCGUGCCAAGAAACCAAAAGGCUCAGAAGUGGAGGAUGACGAUGAAGAUGACGAUGACCAGGACAGCAUUGAUUACAUAGACAGUGACGACGGGGCAGCACAGUCAAAGAAGGAUUUCUUCACUCCUCACCUUUUGACUCUCUACCGCUCUUUCAAGAGCUCUAAGAAGCGAAAACAAAGUUCCACAAAGAAGCGCAGGAUGUCUCAGCCACAGACUGAGCCUUCAACAAGCAGUCCAAUUGCCCUGAACAUGCAGACGGAGGAUAAAGCAAAUUUCUACAAUGAUGCCCUUUUCAAGAGUAAUGCCAACUGUGGUUAUGUACUUAAGCCAGACAUUCUUCUUAAAAAGGAGCCAUACAGCCCUUCAGAACUGUCUGAUAGGUACACUAAAGUCAUCCGUGUGACAGUUCUUAGUGGGCAGCACCUUCCAAACUCAGCCAAAAAGGGAGAUAUUGUGGAUCCUUAUGUGCAGGUUAAGGUCCGCGGUCAUCCUCUAGAUAAACAGAAGCAGCGAACUAAAGUAGUGAAAAAUAAUGGCUUUAAUCCAGUAUGGAAUGAGACUUUAGAGCUGCGUAUAAAAGUACCUCAUGUUUCUUUGAUAUACUUUUCACUUCGUGAUGAGAGUUCACUUGCUCGAGAUCCAGUUCUUGCUUUGUGCUGUAUUCCAUUCAACUCUCUCACUACAGGCUAUAGAUUUGUCCAUUUAACUGACCUGGGAAGCAAGUCAUUAGCACCUUCUGCUCUCUUUGUUCAUAUUAGUAUUAGUGACAACUGAAAGAACUUGACAUCAACCACCAUAAGUUAUCAGAAGCAAUAAGUCACUCUAAAAAGUGUUCCAGGAUUUAAUUACAUUAAGCUGUUGGUUCCACUCAGCAUUUCAUUGUAAUGGUAGCUAGAAAAUGUCACAUUUUGCUUCUUUAUCCCCAAGCCACAUCACAACUAAAUCUAGGCAGAUGAAAGCUUUUCAAAGAAAACUUGAGUAAGAUUAGUGCAAAAUGUCCAUGAUUAGUAAAGUAAGUAAAAAAUUAAAUUAUAUGAUUACCAGGUCCAUGUAGCACAGCUACCAAAACCAUUAAUAUUUAAUGUAAACAAUAUCUGUUUACAUCAUAAGUGAAUAUGGCUUCAAUCCUGUUAAAAUGGAGCAUUGAUGAAAGUUGCUGUACUUAGGAUAUGAUAUUUGACUGGCUUUCAAAAUAUACCAGAGCUUAAACUCAAAUGAUGAGCAGUGUUCACUAGCUUGCCUUGGAAUGAUAAGAAGUUCCUCUCACUGUAAAGGUUUAGUAAUGCCUAAAUUGCAUUAACUCUUAAUCUUGAUAAGAAUCUAAUAAGACUGAAAGAAUUUUUGACAAUUCCUUUCUUUAAUAUUUUCAAAGUGUUCUAUAACAAAACUGCUGACUAGCAAAACCUUCACAAAACCUUUUGUUGUCUGAAUUUUCUACAGUAAAUGUCAUUAUUUUACAUAUCUGAUGCAGCUUAUAUAAAUAAAAAAAUGUUACAUGCUUAAAUAUGUUCACAUUAUGUCAGCCUAAAAUAAAAAUGCAACUUAAUACAUAGCACAGUUGGAAAUAGAAUUGCAUGUUAAGUCAGUAAGCUAUCAUAUAUAUGAUGUAAAGACUGCUAUGGUUGAUGAACAUUUAUUAACACUUACUUCAAAUAUCUUGUCAUGUCUUAAACCCUCCCAUCUUAAAACAAUGAAACACAAAGAGGUGUAUUUUUAGGGCUUUGAUAAGCUAAACUUACCCUAUAGCAGGCAAAUUAUUAUAUUUUCUGUUCUUGUACUAGUAUAUCAUCAUUUUGGUAAUAUCAGCUAUAUUAGCUGUUAAAAGGCCAUUUAGUACUUUAUUCAUAUGUAAAUGCAGAUAACAGCACAAUGGUAGCAGUGUUUGUUUUGAUAGUUUAGCAUAUUGAGGUUUUAAAGAUAUUGCCUAACAUUUGCAGCUUACAUUAAAUGGAUUUAGCCCAUGUAGGGAAAAAGCGUUUAGUACCACAGUCAUUUGAGUUGCAGUCUGAAGUCCUCUUCCAGGAACAUGAAGUGUGCAUCCUAUUUUUGUUUAUUCUAUCACAUGGAAUUGUGAGUGGUAAGAACAUGUAUAAGUGGUACUGAAAACUUAUAUUUCUUAUGCAACAGUAAUUUUCUUACCUGGCAUUUAUAAGAAAGUAGUGUUAAUGAUUUUAUGACAGCUUUUUUAUACAAAAUGAAUUUACAUAUAUAUAGAUGUCCAUUUUUUAUGCUGUGUGAUUGUAUGACUAUAAUAUUAAUUGGUAGUUUCAUUUAUAUUUUCAUUUUGAAUUACAGUAAAGGUAAAAGUAAACAUAGUGACUUUAUUUGAAUAUUUCAUAUGAAUCUGUAAGCUGAAAUCAUUAGGUGCUCGUGAGUUGAAUUAAGAUGAAACGGCAUUCACAAUAUUAGUUUAUUUAGAUUGUGCUUGUUUUAUUUUCUAUUUGAUGCAGCUUCUUAAUGCUUUACUGCAAGCUAUGUCCAGGCAGUGAAAGUUUGCUUAUAUCCUCAUUGUGUAGCUUUUUGGUUGUGAAUUGUGAUAUUAUGUGAGAGCAGAUCAUGGAUACAAUAGGAAAAAAAUAACCAGCACCAUAAUUUUUCAUAUUGUCUCACCCAAAAUCCUUUAAUCUAGUUCAUAGCUUUGUUAAUAAACUUAUAAUGCCAUGUAUUGAAAGAGAGGAAAAAUAUGAAUUGUUUGAAGGUGACAAGAACAAGAAAUUUUAUAGGUAGGAGAAUCAGAUCAUACAAAAUCAUGAUGACUGUUUUGUUAUUUUAUAUAUAAAUUCAGAGAUUUACUUAGUCUUAAGUUAUAAGCCAAAUUUAGGAUUUCUUUCUAUCCCUGUACACGUUAUUAAAGUCACUGAUGGAAGUGUGACUUUUUUCCAGAAAAAUAUGAAAAAUUCAUAUACAUAUUUUCCACCAUUUUGCCUUGUAUUAUCUUCCUUGGAGAACUGUAUUUUGACAUAAGUAAGUUUGAUAGAUUUCCAGCAUUUUGUCACUAAUAGCACCACAUAUAUUUUGGAAAUAUGUAUCAUUGUCAUUUAAUUUAAUUGUUAAGACAUUUGCUUUUUGUAAUUUCAAGAUGCUUUUAUUUUGUAUUGCAUGUUUAUUUAGAAUCCUAAAUUUAGUAAUUUAAACAACCUAGAGAGAGAAUUCAUUCUAAAUUCAGAUCUUUAGUGUCUAUAAUAAUUCUUGUUAAGGUGCAUUAGGUUAUACUACACAGGUAUGCCGAGUACAUUGCUACAUGCAUUGGCCAUACUCAAAAAAUAUUAUUACUGAAGCUAAUUCUGUGAUUCCCACCCUGUGAUUAUGUACAUUAAAAUUGAAUAAGAGUUUUGCAUGGUAUUUCACAUCAUCACAACUGAAAUUAUCUCAUAAAGGCUUAUUUUCUCAAAACUGCUCAUGCAUUUGUGCAAUUGAUAUCACUUAUGUUACAUAUAAAUAAAGUGUCGCUUAUUAAUCUUCAAUCUUAUCAUUGCGUGAACAUUUUUAUGUACUUUCUUCAACAGAAGGACCAUUACUAUAUAUAUAUAUAUAUAUAUAUAUAUAUAUAUAUAUAUAUAUAUAUAUAUAUAUAUAUAUAUAUAUAUAUAUAUAUAUAUACAUUGUGAUGCAGGUGCUUUCAAUAUGGCUACAGUGUAUAUAUACGAAAAAAAUAAAAAAUAAAAAAAAUAUUUAGGCAUGUGACUGUGCUCUGUAGAUAGAGAGGAAUCUGAUUUCUAUUGUGAGAAAACGAAAAGGGAAAUGCAUAUACAAACUUGUUAAUUAUUAUAGAAUUUAUUUGAUUGUGUUCAAUAUCAGAUUUUAUUAAAUAUUAGGAGCUUUGCCCAAUUCUAGUACCCUUUAAACAUUUUAUGUUACAUAAAAGUGCUUUUGUA